UCCAUGUCCCGACAGAAGGUGUCCUUGGGAACAGCAAUGACUGCUCAAGCUGCUAGUCCUCAAGAGCCAAUGGUGCUGCGGCCUCCCCGCAGGAGCCCCAGCUACCUCUCGGAUCUCUAUCAGCACAUGCUGCGAGAUAAAGAAGUGCGAGGGACAGAGCGGAGAUGGUGCCAGCCGCUACGGAGCAGCAACAGCACCGGUCUUCUGACUGCUUCGGUCACGGAGGUGGCACGGCGGCAACAUCCCCAGAGCAACAGAGUUACGAGCUGCGACCCGCAUCUGAGGCCCAUCAUGCGUCGCCGAGCCAGGUCUUUGCCCAGUUCCCCAGAAAGGAGGAGGAACACAGCGGCCCAGUGCCGCGGCCCAGGGUGCAGCACCCGCAGGAACCGGGUCAGGUUUGCAGAUGCGCUAGGCUUGGAGCUGGCCGAAGUGAAAGUUUUCCAAUCUGGGGAAGAUCCCUCGAUUCCUUUGCACGUUCUCUCCCGCCUGUCCAUCAAUUCUGAUCUGUGCUGCAGCAGACGGGAGCUGGAAUUUACUAUGCAGUGCCUGGUGCCGGACUUCCAGCAGCCAGCCGACUUGGAGGACUACCCCAGCCGUCUCAGGCAGCAACAGGUGUGCCUGGAGCGAGUCAGUAGCUCGGAUUUGGGCCUGAACGGAACUGUUAGGGUGGUGAACGUUGCCUUUGAGAAGCAGGUAGCCGUGCGCUACACCUUCAACCACUGGAGAGGCCAGCAUGAAGUGAGUGCCCGGUGGCACAGCAGCACCCCUGGGAAGGAUGGGCAGGACCAAAUGGACGUCUUCACCUUCUUCCUUCCGGUACCCCCUUUCCUCCUCCAGGUUAGCUCGGUGGUUGAGUUUGCGGUCCGAUACCGAGUCAAUGAGCAGGAGUACUGGGAUAACAACCAAGGCGAGAACUACAGCCUCACGUGUAGGAGUCAUCCUCUAAAGAUGCCUAGAGAAUGUGAGGAGAGCUGGAUCCACUUCAUCUAAUGCUAUCGGGCCCUUGCUAAGCUGGCCAGCCCUGUCUGCCUUUUGCAUUUCUUCCCUUUCCGAAGCACCAAAGAAACCUUUUAAAAUAAAUCUGCACAAAAGUUAUUUGGAUUUUUUUAAAAAACAAACCAUUGAUUUGCACUCAAAUGCAGCUUUUUCUAAAGCGCUCUAAAGGAUCACUGCCAAUAGGACAUUGUCAGGAGGGGAGAACCUCCUGACUUUUGGUUGCUGUUUUGAUGGACUCUUAUGGCAGUGUAGAUUAGGCUCACAAGAGACUAUUUUUUAAAAAGCCUCUUAUUUUUCCGCUCUUGUCUGUAGUUUUGCACUUCAACCGAUGCACUUCAUGUCUCUGUGCUUGCACUUUAACCCAGUGUAAUUAUUUUACUUCAUUUUUAGCCCAUCUUUCUGCCCAAGAGGGGCUCGAAGUGGCUUACGUUGUUUUCCAUUUUAUCCUUACAACAACUCUGUGGGGUAGGUUAGGCUGAGACUCUGUGACUGGCCGACGGUCACCCAGCAAAUGGGCACGAACAAAUAUAUGUUGCACAGAUCUUAUGCACUGGUCAAAUAUAGGAGAGCGUGGGGUGCAAACUGAUACAAAGGGGUUGUUCAAGGAAUAUGAUAAUUACUGACUUUAAAAAGUAUAUCUGCACUGCAGUUCUCUGAAAAAUAAAGGAGCCUGGUUGAAACUGCUGGACAGCAACCGCACAGAUGAGCCUUUCUGACCCUUGGGUGUUGGUAAAAGGAAUGGGGGCUGGUGGGUGGCUGUUGGAAAUCAAGCUUGUAUUCUUUGCUUUUGGUGGGAAGUUCAUAUUUCAUCCAAAGUAAAAUCAAAGCAGAUUUGGGGAGAGUUAGCCUGUGUAGGGUAGCUUCUUUCCCUGUAUAUGUAAUUACUCAGAACGAGGAUGAUUUUGCACUUCUGCAACCUGUCCCAUUUGAGAAAGCCAAAAUGCUGUAGUGAUCAGAAGUCCCAGCCUUGAAGCAGUUCAGCCAGAUUGCUGAAAGAUAAUGACAGUAAAUGGGAGCUGUUGAUGCAAAUCAGAAUUGGUAAACGAUUGAGGUUUUAAAAAGCAAAGUGCUUUCUCUCCAGAGAUGCUUAGUCAAGAUGAGGAAGAUGACCCCACCAGGGCAGAUGAAUAACUGCACAUGAGGGAUAUUUGAGAUGUGUUUAGCCGGCAAAGGACUUAGGGGUUCAAAUUCCAGACAAGUCCUGUUGAACACACAGGGUUUAUAUUGGUGCGUGCUUUGGAGCAUAUGAAGUUCAGUCCCAGGGCUUUGUUGGGUCAAGAGGUGGAAAACCUGACUUCUCUUUAUAAUUCCAGUGUGAAUAUGUAGGCUUAGAAUGAGAAUCGCUAUUAAGGGUGGGUCUACAGGUACUGUAUUUCUAUCUUAGGUUUUUUCCUGUAUAUUAGGAUCAUUUUUUCUGACUGUGUUGUGGAUUAAUCACACACAAAUUAGCAAAGUGUUUCCUGUGGUCUACUGCUGUAGAAUCGGCAUUUUAGUGGUGGGCUACUAGUGAAAUGUGACAAUUAAUCUUGCUCAUGUAUAUACAUGGUCAAAAAGUUUAUCUGAUAUACCUUUAUACAGCUCUCCUGCUCCACCUGUUGGAGGGGUGGGAUGAAUACUCAAGUCUACCCAGUGCUGAAAAAUGCCAUAAAUCAAAUAUACUGUAUCUAAUGCCAUCACAGGAGAUUUAAGUCUAAUUGCCCAGUAUUCAUGUCAUGAAAUCCAGGAGAAUGGAUAUGAGUCAAUGGCAACAUCUACUUUUUUUCACCUUUGCAUUGUGCAGUAUUUUGUUCUAGCUCUAUGGAAUGUGACUCCCUGUUAUCCCAUUCCUGCAUGAUGUGGGGAAAAGGGUAGGCACUUAAUUUCACAUUCCUUGUAUCUGGGGACUGCGCUGGGCUUUGAGAAAUGUGAGAGCGUAGGGGGUUCUGGCACAGUCUGUGCCUUGUGGAAGCUGGACUGGAUCCCAGAGACCCAGAGUAGAAACUCAUGUCAGCUGAACAUUUGCUAAAGAGAGGAUGCUUUCCCACGAGGCCAUUCUUCAGAUACCCAAGAUCCUUUUCAAGUUCCUGCCUGGCAUAAAAGAAGGGUAAGGUAAUGGAAAAUUGGCGUUCCCUUAUUGGUGGUGGAUCCAACCGACUUACUCAUAUCUUUGGUUUAUAAAUUAAGUGGUACGCAGGAAGAGACUUUAAAUUACGACACUCCCUUGAGUAUUUCAACAGAAAGAUGCUUUGAAGUACUGUUCAGUUUUUUAAGUGGCCCUUAUGCUAGUGGCUGAUUCUUAUGCCUGCAGUUACAACAAGCUUUCUAUUUUCAGAUUAAGAAAGGCACUGUUGUGAUAGCAGGGAUGCUACAUUGUGUGAGAUCUAAAUAUGCCCCCUUUACUGAAGCUGUCUGCAUACAGAGAGCUCCUGCUGAGGUUGCUGUUCAAGUUCUGCAGAGGAGAAUGCUCUGCUCAAUCCCUUGGUGUGUUGAAAUGAAUGGAGUUUUUUUUUUUUUUGGUGGGAAGAGAACUUCUGUAUGAUCUUCAGAACACUUUCUCAGAUUUGGGGUGCUGACACAAUCAAAAUAUCCUGGCUCACAGCAGUUUCCUGUUUCUGAAGAGGGAUUUUUCACCGGCAUGCUAUAAUCUUAGGAGCAAAAGCUGAUGAAGGAGAUCGAAGUCCUGCUCUACUUCAAAUUAGCAAGACUGUUUCAGCUCCUAUGGGAAUCCUCUGCUUGUGUGUGUGUGUAACACAUAUACACAUAGCGAAUCUUCCCACAACAACUUCUCUAUUUGUUGCAGUAUUUAUAGUCUACAGACCUUUUAUUGUGUAUAUGCUGCCAAAGGAUUCCAGAGAAGUGGUUUGUGGAUUGUUGCCCAUAGUUAGUUCAGGCAAGGCCCAAUCCUGUUACCACUUUCCCAAAUUUAGGCAGAGGGUGGGAAGGGACGAGCCAGUGCUCAGCUCUUGUGUCCUUUGCUUGCAGGGUACACAGAGUAAUGCUGAUCGCCACUUUGGGGUCAGGAAGGAGUUUUCCUCCAGACCAGA